AUGGCGUCCGCGUCUCAAGCUUCUUCCGAUCGCAUCAAAAUCGAAGACGAUCCCGAGCCAGAAGUACUCAUUGUUGAACCUAAACCGGUGCCCGUGAAACUAUCGACACCCUUUAAUCCCAGAGAUCCAGAAAACUUUAUGAGACGAUGCUCAGGCCUUUCCAAGAAGACAAAUCUCCGAUGCAGCGCAGUGAUUGGGAAGAAAUCGCAAAAAGACACUCAUCCUACAUUUCUUCCUACAUGCGGCUCUCAUCGUGAUCAGCAAAGCCUUGCCGGAUGGUGCCAGUUCAAGUGCUCGGAUGGAGAGAGGUGCGGAAGGCUUUUCAGAUGGCGGCCACCAUACUUUGAGCUUUGUGUUGAUCAUCAAGGUCAUCCAGGCACGCCCUGUUACUUCCUCAAGCAGCUGCCGCUUGAGCUACGAUGCGAAGUCUACCGCUAUCUGCUGCCCACCGAAUCGAUCGGCUCAUCAACGGCUGCCGUUCACCAGGAGAGUUACGACGAGCCUUAUAUUUUUCAUACGACUAAUCGUCCUAUGCUGCCACCGCCGCCAUUCGUACCUUCAGGUCUUCCACCACCACUGGUAGCUGCAUUUCCCAUGCGACUCACGGACCUCCUUCUUGUAUCCCGUCAGAUCCACGAUGAAGUAAAAGACUUACUCUUCAGCGUCGUCACCUUCAAAAUUGACGUCCGCAAAGACGGUGCGUUCAUGUGCGGUCGUCGACUGCUGGAACCCAAACGGGCGGAUGGAUCUUCGCAUAUGAUGGCGGAAGCGGCCGACAAAGCCAAAAAGAAGUUUCUGAAAAGCUUCGAUUGGGCGUCUGUGAAGAAUUACACUGUAGAUAUCCUACUGGAGAAUUCGGGUGAUGCGCAUUCUCAUAUCAACCGGGGUCUCAACAUUACUUGGGACGAGGAGGUUGAAAUCUAUGAUAUCAGAGGUACGGAUCUGAUGCAUACUCUUGAGCAUUUGUUAAUGGAAGCAGAUUAUGUCUCUGUGGUCGUCUCUGGCAUUUUGGCCAAAUCCAAGAAGCUCUGCAAGCUUCAAGUUCGACUUGGUCUAGAUGAUUUCCAGUGGGACGAGUACCAGAUUCUGUCCAACUCCAAGCUUUUGUUUAGCCCUUUUGAACGACUACGAAAUGUACGACAGCCGAGUAUUGGUGGUGUAUUCGAUGGACGACCAAACAAUAACUCGGUGUAUUGUGUGAUACCUGGCACCUCUCAGAUAUAUUCCGUGCCAACAGGUCACUACGAGAACUGCUGCUCGGUGCCUUCCCUGCCUACCAACAAACCGAUGCUGGCAGCUAAUAUGCCAGCUUUUGAUGCUUAUGCUGCCGAAUGGAAGCGCCAGAUCUCCUCAGACAGCUCUACAGCCAUUACAGAAGAACCGCCUAUUCGGAGGAUGUUUGCUGAAUUUCGUAACUUUUACACUGAACUGGCCAAUCACGUACCUGACGUGACGUUUCGAAGUGGAAAGCACACUUUCUUACAUCAAGCCAGGGUUGCGCGUGAACAAGAAGAUGUAAUCGCAUUCCGUGGUAUAAGAAACGAGCUAAUUCACUACUGGGAAGCCUACAAAGCUGAUGAAGAGCGGAAGAAGCGGGAAAUGAAUAAACGUCUAGGAAAGCUUCUCGAGAGCGACAUGUAUCCUUCGCACGAAUGGGAAGACAUGAGCUCAGCGCGGCCUCAGUCCCCGUCUGGUCAAACCGCACAGUCUCCCGUGCUUUUGGACUCUGAUAAAAUGGCUCAAGAGGGUAUACCCAUGACGGGAAACUCGGGCGAAACGCGAUCCUACACGUCGGAACAAUACGUACGCAUGAUGCGAGUCCAGCAACAACAAAAGCAGUCCCAAAUCCAUGCUCCUGCUCCUGGAUAUCGACAUGUAGCCAACGGUUCAACGAGUGUUCCAAGGAGAAGUCAUCCCACACUCUCAGACUACGCACAUCAACACCAACAGAUGCUUCAAACUCAACAACAAGCCCAACAACAGAUUAGACUGCUCCAAAUCCAACAACAGCAACACCAAGCCAGAUAUCAAGCUCUAAGCCAACAAUCCCGCAAUUGCCUCGCCAAACUAACCGAACUAAAAAACCAAGAAAGCACCAUUCGUCAGCGUGCAAACCAAGCACUGUCCUCGUUGCGCACGAAACAACAUGCCGCAAACCCAGCUGCGCUCCAGCAGAUAUACAAGCAACAGGCCAGUGGAAUCACGCUGGCUGUGCUGGAAGCGCAGAGGAAGUUUGAUGAAAUCGAGAGGGAGAAGAGGAUUCUGAAAAAGUCUUUAACGGCAACGACAGGAACGGCAGGAAUGCCGAUGAAUACAAUGGUGGAGGCUGGUGUAAGAAAGGACAAAAGAACAGAUGCGAGUGAAUAUCUUGAAAAGAAAGAGUCGUUGGGGUUGAUGAGGGAGGAGAAGGAGAAGGAGGAGGACAGUCCAGAUACGCUCAAUAACGAGGAUCUGUACUCUGAUCCUUUCCACGACAAUAACAUGUCUGCACAGGCAACGGAGGGGGAUGCGACGUCUGAGAAGCAGUGGGGUUUUGGGAGCAAUUCUGCUGCAACUACUAUUACUACUACUACUACUACUGCUCUUGGCGACACUACGAUUCAAACUAGCAAGUUCCUUGCAGGAGUUAAAAGGGGAGGCUGUCACGAGGUACUAGAAGAGAGAGUCGGAGAGGUAGAAGUAGGGGUAGGAGGUGGGGUGGGUAUGCCCGGUCCAUCUACAACCAAAAAACGGAGGAUUGACUCGGGGUACCGUGAGGCGAUGGAGUGCAGUAUGCACGAGAACCCGAAUGAUGAAUGGAAAGGAGUGUUUGGCGGUUUGGAGAGCGUGUCGCAACAGCAUGGGGGCGAGGAGUGGAAUGGCUUGGUGUAUGUGGGGAAAGGGAAGGGGAGGAUGGAUGAUAAUGGCGAUGCUGAGAUUGUUCCUAGCUGGGAUUGA